GAUUCUUCAAUCUUUUAGUCUAAUACAUAACAAGAUCCGGCAAUGAAUCCUGACUGAUUACAAAAUCGAUCUGUACCAUAAUCCGUGUGACUGAACAUUUGCAGUGGUCUGGUCUAUAGCGACAUGCUUGCCUAAAGGUUCUUGGUCAUUACUAAUCGUAGUUACUGAUGCCAGCUUCUGGUCUAUGUGAGCGCUAAGAGAACGUAUUCUCGUGAUGAGCAAUGCUUCCUCCCGUAUCAAGCAGUGAUCUUCACGCGGUUACCUCGGGCAAUGGCUGGGGGGAUACUAUAAGACCUUGCGAUGCGCGAAUGGUUAGUUUCAUUGCUGAUCAAAUGUAACAUACCAUAUUCAUGAGCGCCAGUCCUCAAAGUUUUAAGCUCUCGCCUUUGAAUAAGUCGUCAACCAUUAUCACCACUCAUCCAACCAUGGCACCCAAUAUCUUGAUCACUGGCGCCGCCGGUUACAUAGGAGGCUCAAUUCUCUCAGACUUCCUGACUAUCUACAGCUCUGAGAUUAAUAAAGAACAUGUCCAUGCUGCAGUCAGAACCGAACAGCAGGCCAAAGAUUUGUCGGAGCUGGGUAUCAAGGUACACCAAAUAGACUUAACAGAUGAAAGCAAUGUGGCAGAUGUCGUUAUCAAGAACCAUGUCAGUAUUGUCAUACAAACUGCAAGCUCUUUAAAUCCAAGCCUGUCUGUCAAUCUCCUGACAGCAUUGGGAAAGCAAAAACAAAUCAGUAGAGAGCAGACAUACUUUGUUCAUACUUCUGGCAUCAGCGCCUUCUACGAAAAGUCCGGCUGGCCAUCGUGGGAAAUGAAGGAUGACGACCAGAUCUUUGCCGUGGAGAAGCAGUCAGCAGACUCUUAUCCAAUACGAAAGACCGACAUCGCUGUCAUCGAGCACGCGAGAGCAUUGGGCGUGACCUCUUUUAUCGUCAUUCCAACGACUGUCUACGGUGAAGGCAGCGGUGUAUGGAACCGAUUGUCUAUCAUCAUGCCCCCCUUGGUACAGGCUAGCCUCCAGCUCAAACGUGUCUACAAGUUCGCUGAGAACACUAAAGUCUCUGGCGUGCAUAUUACAGACCUGACUGCGUUGUAUUGGCGUAUCACCCAGGCAAUCCUCCAGAAAGAAGAUAUCCCCGACGGGGAAGAGGGCUAUUACUUUGCCAAGGCUCACACCCUAUAUCAAUGGGAUGUUCUCGAGCAUCUAGCUAAAGCGCUGAAGCAACGGGCCUUCAUCGAAGAUGACAAAACAGAGUUUUGGCCAAGCGAUGGGUUCGCCGCGCAAUCAAUAGGUGUACCUGAGCAGUUUCUCGAGGCACUGUGGAAAUCUGGAGACAAACUCACGACGACACGAGCUCAAAGCAUCGGCUGGAAGCCGCAGUGGGAUGAGACGAGAUUCCUGGAAAAUAUCAACGACGAGAUCAACGCUGUAUUGAAGCACGAGAAGGCAAAGAGCAGUCUGGUUGAUUCUCUUUUCGCUGCUGCCGGAGAAGGUUUAAAAUACUAGUAUUAGUGGAUGCUAUGUUCGCUGGUAUUUCUAUUACUUGGGGCUCCUAGAAAAGCAUCGACCAAGAUACAUUUUUGGAGACAGAGUAAUUAGGCUUUCCUUUGUACAGGGGUGAUGUAGUCUUUGUCGUGUCGAGUGACAAUAC